AUGAUGAAUGCUCAUGUUAAGAGAAAGAUUAGUAGGACCAAAUCAGAGGAAGCUCCUGAAACUGAAAAUGUUGCUUCUAUUGAGGACUCUGAGGACGAGUUUUAUGAUUUGGAUAGGAACCUUCAAUUCCAUGGAAACAGGAAUUGGAGUUUCUUGUCCAAGGUGGAGUGCCAAUGGCUCUUAGGGGAGAGCUAUGGUAAGCUUUUGUGGGUGUCAAGGCUCGACACAUUAAGAAUUACUAUCAGAAUUUUCUACUUUCUGAUAGUAAGACUGAUAACAAUGUGGAUCAGCAAAUUCAAGAAGUAUAUGAAGCAAGAUUUCCCUCAGACUUUUCCACGUCACCCUGCUCUAGAUGAAGGUGGUAGAAAUGCUUUGAGAUGUUUACUCAUAACAUAUGCUCGCCAUAACCCCUCUGUUGGUUACUGCCAAGUCAACAUUCAACUCAUUUGA